CUAUCGCAUGAACGGAAGAGGAUGAGCCGACGGGGAGGGUUUAGAGAAGAAACUGAAUUCGGCCGACGAUAUGGGAAAGCGGAUCUUGAUCGAGUUGGUUUCUUCGACGAUAUACCAAAUGCGUCGCACGAUCCAUACGUUCCACCGACCGUGAUAGCCUUUGAAAAGGGUCGUCAGUUGCUUCCCGGCCCACCCCAACAACUUUUCGAGAAAGAAUUCCAACGAAUUUUCAAGGGUGAAGCACUCACCAAACCAAUAUCGCAGGUAAUUAAAAGAGUUACUGGAUUAUUUGAAUUCCAUCGAGAUCUUUCGGAAUUCUAUUAUAUUAGCAACGUUGUUCGCUAAAAUUUGUAGAAAAUUAACAGGCUCGAGUUUUAUAUAAAUUGUUUAUGUAAUUGUAUGAUCAUUAACGAACGUAUCGAAAUUCAAAGUAAAUCAAUUCUUUGUUAUUUCAAAAUACUAUCUUUUUA